AUGACCAUCUGCAAUCAUCCCUUCACCACUAAGACAAAUUUAAAAUUCACCCUCAAUAGCUUAAUAAAUCAGAAAUAUAUCAUCAGCCAUCAAAUCCAUAAAAAAACCACAUACCAUAUUGAAAAUCUACCAAAAAUUAAAUCACUAUUUUCGAAACAUUAUGACACCACCAUCCAUAGAAUCAUUAACAUAACCAAAGAUGAGUAUUUAACAACUGCCAUGCAGCAUAGUUUACCAACAACACUGUGGAAAAACACACUCCAUAAACCUUCAUACAUCAACAAAACAUACAUGUUCAACAAAUUACUAAGAAAAACUAAAUUCAUCACAUCAUUUUUAAACACAUUAACAUUGACACUGAACACCACGACAAUAGACAUACACACAGAAUACACACAAAAUUUACUAACUUACAAACAACAUUUAGACACACUUCUAACAACCCAUCCAAUACAAGACAUAUAA